AUGUUGUAAGAUUUUCUCUUAUUUAAAUUCUAAAUGUUAAAGUAGACAAUUAAGAAACUAUUAUUUAUAAAAUUACCAAAUUAUUAAGAAUUUUCUAUUACAAAAGAUAAUUAAAUUGUUUUAUAAGCAGACAAGAAGGUUAUUUAUCCAAUUUUUUAUUAUCUAUUGACAUGA